AUGGCGACCAGCGGCACGCUCCCUGUCGUGGACCUGGCGCCUUUCUUCACCGGGGAUGAGAGCGGCAUGGCCCGCGCCACUGAAGCCAUGCGCGAGGCGUGCCACACGCUGGGGUUCUUCCGUGCCGUGAACCAUGGCAUGCCCGCGGAGCUGAUGAAGCGCGCGCUGGAGCUGUCGGCCGCUUUUUUUGCGCUGCCGGACGAGGAGAAGGCCAAGGUCCGGCCGGCGGAGGGGUCCCAGGCGCCCCUGCCGGCUGGCCACGGGCGGCAUCCCGCCCAUUUGGUGGACAGGUACGAGUACGUGCGGGUCUGUCAUCCUCGGCACGAGCUCAACUUGUACUUCCCCGAUGAGCCGGCCGGUUUCAGGUCAGAUUUCUUUCUUCCAUGCAAUACUUUUGCCUUGACUACAACCAGAGAGACGAGAAAUGAGAAUGACUCUUAUUAUGAACAUCAUCGAUUGAUCUUGAGCUUUAAUUUCAGAGAAGCAAUGGAGGAGUGCUACGCGAAGCUCACCGAGCUGGGGCUGCUCAUCCAGGACAUCCUCAACGACUGCAUGGGGCUGCCGCCGGGCUUCCUCAAGGAAUACAACAGCGACCGCGGCCUGGACGUCAUGGUGGCGCUGCGCUACUUCUCUUCGUCGUCGAGGGAGGGGGAGGAGAUUGGGCUGAGCGAGCACGAGGACGGGAGUUGCGUCAGCUUUGUCUUCCAGGACGGCGUAGGCGGGCUGGAGGUCCUCAAAGACGGGCAGUGGAUUGCGGCAGAGCCCGCCGACGGAAGCAUCGUCGUUAAUAUCGGCGACGUCCUGAGGGUGCUGAGCAACAACACGUUCCGUAGCGCGACGCACCGGGUGGUGAGGAAGGCGGCGCACCGGCACUCGUUUGGCUUCUUCUGGUCCAUCCACGGCGACAAGUGGGUGGAGCCGUUGACGGAGUUCGCCGCCAAGAUCGGCGGCGCGCCGCAGUACAGGGGGUUCAAGUACAACGAGUAUAUGCAGCGGUUCAUGAAGAGCAGGACGGAUCCGCAGGCCAGGCCCGAGGACGCCUUCAGCGUCAGCCACUAUGCCAUCUGA